AUGCAACAGGGCAAUUUUGGUGAUUUUUUUAGAGGUCGCUACACAGAGAUCAGUGGCAAGCAACUGGAUGUGGCCAUCAAAACGCUCAAGUCAGAGGAUGAUGAUGAAAAAGCACCGCGCUACUUUCUACUUGAAGCUCAGAUCAUGAUGGAAUUCAAGCACGACAAUGUUCUGCGGCUGAUUGGUGUUGUGACUUCGGAAAAGCCCUGGUGCAUCGUGACAGAGCUCUGCGAGCUCGGCGACUUGCGUAGCUUGCUGCGCAAGUUGAAGCAGGAGCAGUUUGUUCUCAAUGUGGAAGAACGGCUGCGCAUGAUGGGCAACAUUGCCGCCGGAAUGCACUACUUGGCCACCAAACAGUUUAUCCACCGCGACUUGGCUGCUCGCAACUGCCUUGUGGACAGUAACGCCAUCAUCAAGAUUGGCGACUUUGGCAUGACACGUCAGAUCCUCGAGGACGAGGACUAUUACUUUGUCGACAAGGAUGAUGCCCUGCCUUUGCGCUGGAUGGCCAUUGAAUCAUUGGACACUCGCAAGUUCACCCUCAAAACUGAUGUCUGGUCUUUUGGUGUGGUUUGUCACGAGAUCUUCACCUACGGUGACAUGCCGUACAAGGGCGUGAGCAACGAUGUUUUGCCGCUGCAGUUGAUGAACGGCCUGCGACUGCCAAUCCCGGAUGACUGUCCUGACAAUGUUUACGCAAUGAUGCGCACGUGUUGGUAUGAGAACCCUGAUGAGCGUCCUUCCUUCAAGUAUGUGCCAUCGGACCCUUGCUGCAAUAAAAGCGCCCAUCCUGCGGUUAGUUGA